AUGAAUCUCAGUGCUCUCCUUGGUCUCCUGACCUUCGCAGCCGCAGUCUCCGCGGCCCCUCCCAAGGGCAACUCCCGGUCUCAUUCCUCGACUUCCAUCGCCAAUCUCAAGAACAAGAUCAAGAAUGUUGUCAUCCUUGAGAUGGAGAACCGCUCGUUGGACAAUGUCCUCGGUGGCCAGACCAUCAAAGGACUGGACAAUCCUAUCAACAACGGCCCCUUCUGCAACCCGUACAAUUUGACCGAUGCGUCUGCGGGCCAGGUGUGCAGUUCCGCUAAAGACUUCGACUCUAUUCUGGAUGACCCCGAUCACUCGGUCACUGGAAAUAACAUUGAGUUCUACGGGACAUUUGCCCCGAGCAAUGCGGCCAUCGCCAGCGGCGAGCUCACUCCUAAUCAACAAGGCUUUGUUCACGAGCAGCUGCGUCGUUACGGCGACGAUGUCGACAAGGCGGCUCUGGCCAAGCAGGUCUUGAACUACUACACCGAGGAAGAAGUUCCGGUGUUCACAUCACUGGUCCAAAACUACCUCACCUUCAACCACUGGCAUUCGGACCACCCCGGGCCCACCAACCCCAACCGUGCUUUCGUUCUGUCAGGAACCUCUGCCGGCCACGGUACAAACGACGAAUCCUUCGACUCAAGUAACCACGGCCUUACGCAGCGCUCAAUCUUCCAACAGCUCUCAGAGACCGACCACACUUGGAAGAACUACUAUACAAGCACCGAUAUGAUCGAUGCCUAUUUCUUCGACUGGACCUUCACCAGCAACAACACCGACAAAGCAGAACCACUGAACAACUUCUACGCCGACGCCAAAGCCGGCAGUCUCCCUGAAUUCUCCUUCAUCGACCCCUCCUGCUGUGGCGUCGGCACGAACUCCAUGCACCCAACCGGUCUCGUCUCAGAAGGCGAAACCCUGAUCAAGAAUGUCUAUGACGCCCUCCGCGCCAGUCCCCAAUGGAAUGAGACUCUCUUCAUCCUCACCUUCGACGAGACCGGUGGUUUCCACGACCAUGUGCCCCCUCCCCAGGCAGCCCGCCCAGACAACCUGACCUACACGGAAACAGCGCCGAACGGAGAGAAGUACACUUUCUCUUUCGAUCGUCUGGGUGGUCGUAUUCCUACCUUGCUCAUCUCGCCCUGGAUUGCCAAGGGUCAGGUCGAGCAGAAGGGAACGAACUCUGAUGGAAAGGUUGUCUCCUACUCUGCUUCUUCCAUUCUGCGGACUCUUGGCUACCUUUGGGAUUUCAAGCCUUUCACCCCUCGCGUUGAAACAUCUGCUUCGUUUGAGCAUCUUAUUCAGAAGAUGGCGCGAACUGAUACUCCUGUUUCUUUGCCUGCGCCUAAAACCUUCAAAAUCAGGGCUUAG